AUGUCCGUAGUAACUAUCUUUGUUCAAAGUGAGAGUAGUUCUUCAGAAAGAAGGUUCGACAAAGGGCUCACCAUAGGAGAUUUGAAAGCCAAACUAGAGCCUGUCACUGGUAUUCCGGCUGCAAAUCAGAUAUUAAAACUUUAUAAUGGCGAUACACUCGUUACAUCCGUUGAAGGAGAUGAUUUCAUGCUGGGAGCAUUUCCUGUCGACAAUUACAUGACAUUGAAGGUGACGGAUUCAGAUCCACGCGCGCCAAAAGGUCAAUUCACUGAUCUCUCUCAAGUAGAGAAAUACGAACUCCCUGACGAAGAAUACGCCAAGCGCACAGAUUCCGUUCUUGCUUUUAAGCAGCGCAACAAAUUUGGUCGGUUUUCCGAUUCUCAAUCAGCAACGUCGUCAAAUUCUGAUAAUUUAUUUGAAGAAGAAUCCAAGAACAUCAAAGUCGGUGAUAGGUGCCAACUGGACCUCUCUGAGGGUAUAGAAGAUGGAUUUAAGAGAAUAGGGACUGUAAGAUAUGUAGGACUGACUAGAUUCAGACCCGGGUACUGGGUUGGCAUUGAGUUCGAUGAGCCUGUCGGGAAACAUGACGGAAUGGUUCAAGGUGAACGUUACUUCCAAUGCAGGCCAAAGCACGGUGUAUUUGUGCGUCCCGACAAGAUCAAAGUGGGCGAUUUCCCCGAAGAAGACAUUGAAGAAAUGUAG